AGAGAGCGACACGACUCAGCAGUGUUGGCGACACUGCCGUUCUCCCUCCUGCCGCUGUAUAUCAUUGUUGCUGUUUUGUGGCCGGUGUAUGUUGGCUAGUUUACGUUUUUCACUCUUAGUUGUCCUCCUCGCGUAGAGUACAAUUCUCCGGUGAUAUAUCACGAGGUUGACGCGACGGAUCUCGUUGACGGGGACUCAUAGGCGCGAGUCGUCGGCGUUGACAGGGAAGAUGGAAAACUUGGAGGAGGUGCUGCAGGCGCUCGACGAGUUCCAGAAGAUGCGGCCGACGGAGAUACCGCGCGAGCUCGAGGAGUACCUGUGCUGGGUCGCCAAGACGGGCGACCCGGUGUAUCAGUGGCCGAUGAUCAAGACACUCUUCCGGGAGAAACUCACUCGCGUGAUGACGGACUUUUACGAGAGCUGCCCCACGUUGGAGCUCGCGGCCUGCCCCAACGUAGAACAUUUCAACUACGACACGAUGAAGAGCAACCUACUCGAGAGACUCGAGUCGUUCGCGAACGCGCCCUUCACCGUCCAACGGAUAUGCGAACUGCUGACCGCGCCGCGGAAGGAGUACAAUCGUGUCGACAAGUUUAUGCGCGCCAUCGAGAAGAACAUCCUGGUGGUCUCGACGCGCGAGCCUGGCCCCAUAAACAGACGCGGCGAGACGGGCGACGGCAUGGUGAACGGCUCCGUCGAGGAGGACACCGCAUCGGUCACACAGCAGCAACAACAACCACCGCCACCGUCGCCGCAGACGACACAGUCGGCCGCGCAGGACGUCGAGAUGGAAUGGGAGAAAGACUGCGCCUCGACCGUCACCAUCAGCGUGCACACCGUCGAGAACGAGACGUCUCUGCUGCACACCGUCGUGCCAGGCGCCGCCGCCGCCGCCGCCGCCGCCGCCACCGCCGCCGCCAAUUCCGCUGCAGCCAGCACGGGCGGCGCGUUGGCGAAGAACGCGGUGUUCUCCGUGGACGAGACCGCCCGCGAGAAGCUGGAGCAGGCGGUCUCUAGGAGCGACCAGCUCACGACGUCCAACUUCGUCGGCGCCACAUCGAGCUUCUCGGCGAUAUCGAACCUAACCUCACAAGUAGAACAGUCGCAUGAGCCGGUCGUGGCCGCCGCGGCCUCGGUAGUGCAGAACCUGUCGACGCCUGCGGAGGCGAUCGUCGCCGAGGACUCGCUCGGGAGUGCUGACGUGGCGGACGUGAUCAUGAACGAAGAUACCAACUCCCAGGCUAGUUUAGACAUGGAGAAUGACGAGGUGGAUCCGGCGACCGCGGUAACGACGACUACAGCGACGACGACGACGACGACGACGACGGCGGCGGCGGCGGCGACGGUGACGACAACGCCGGCAACUACGUCGCCGUCGACGACGGCGUCCACCACGUCGGCGUCAUCCUCACCGUCGUCGUCGUCAUCGUCGUCGUCGUCGUCGUCAAUGUCAUCAUCAUCAUCGUCAUCCUCGACCUCAUCUUCAUCGUCCUCCUCCUCUUCCUCCUCGGCGACUACCACAGUCACCGUGGUAGCUACGGUGAUCCCGUUGACGACAGACACUACGCGGAACCUGCAAGCCGCCUUUCAAGCGAAACGUUUUGAGGAUGCCGACGAGAAGUGCUCAGACAAGCCAAACGAGAAGACAACUGCGGCGGCGGUCGCGGACUCACCAGGCCUCGUUCAUUCCACGAAGAGCGGCGAGGUCGCGGAGACUGAAUGCGGCGACGUAAACGGGAUACCUCGCGAUGAGAGCAGAAUAACGGAGAGCGACUCGUUGAAGACAGACGUCGAAGUGGCGGAGGUCGCCUCGGGCGACGACGAGGCUGGCGACGGCGUCGUCGCCGACGAGGAGCGGCUUCCGAGCAAAGUAGAGGAAGAAGCGGAGGCUUCGCCUCGGCUGGACGACGUGGACGAGGAAAAGUCGCGCUGCCAAGACGCCGGAAGCGCGGACAUCGCGCAGAUGGUGUUCAUCGAGACCGCGGAGGACAACGCUAUCGCGUCCGACGAAUGCGCGAAUGCGUCAGUAGUGUCGCCCGAAGCAUCACGCAAGACGGAGAAGACCGAGUUGCAGCCGAAGGGAACGUGCGCGACGACGACGACCACGACGACGACAGCGAGCUCCUCUCCCAAGGACAGCCGGCUGCUGCACGACCAGACCGCCAGCGAAAAACCCGACAGCACAGACGUGGAGCAGGUUCUAGAAACCAUUCCCAGGCUGGGAUCUCCCAGGAGCGACGAGCAGAUGGGACAAGAACUACACGCCGAGUUCAACGGGGACGGCACGAAGAUGAUGAAAGUCUCCAACGACAAGGCGGCUCUCGUUGAGUCCAUAGUGGUAGAGCCGGCUAAGGAGAAGGCCAGGGAAGUGACUGCGGUCGAGAAACUCGACUCGACCGUGUCUCCCGUUAUCGAGAUGAUCCCGUUAUCGGACGGCUCGGUCACCGACACGGUCGUCUGCCCGUGUCCGCAGGACGACGCGUUAAUGCCCGUUGCGGAGGACGACGGCACGACGGCUGAACAGGUGAAGGUCAAGCAGUCUUCUGUCGUGGAGAGCGCAGCCUGCAGGAGGGAGCCGCACGACCAAGUGGAGAUGAUGGAGGUGGACGAAGACGAGGAGUCAGCGUCGACGUUCCAGCAACAACAACAAUCGGACGAGCAGAUGGAGGACGAGACGAUGGAGGAGUUGUCGAAGAGUUAAUCCAGACGAGCCGGCCGAGUCUCACCGACCUCUCCUCUCCCUCUGCUUCAACAUUUCAUACUUGUUCCCCGGCGUGUGACGCCGACGACACGCCGGGGCACGUCGGAUGCAUCACAGACGCUUCCACAAGCUGCCCGUGGCGGCGUAGCUCGUGCGAGAUCGCAAUGUCGUUUCAGGGACAAGCGAGAGCUGGCGGUGAACUUUCGACGGGACCCUCUAUAUUGUCCACAAAACUCGUACAUCUCGUUCGUCGUUCUUAAUUUAUUCCGGCUGCAUCGUUGGGUACGUCGUCCCACGGGGAGAACUCCACACACACUUAUACACGCGCGCCGACGAGAUGCGUUUUUUCUAACUCUUCUCGGAAGAAAAAAGUACACAGCCUACAAUCCGCGGAAGGAAAGAGAGAGAGAGAGAGAAAGAGAGAGAAAAGAAGACGGAAAGUGGCGAAGAGGCGUGAGAACAAGGAAGAUUGUAAUGUCGGAGCCGCUUGUAUAGAAAAGCCCAGGAUUAACGGCGGAUCAUCGAGACGUUUCAAUAUAAAUUUAUACACGAGUACCGAGUAGUUGUCUGCUUAGAUUAAGGUUGUGCCUGUAUUAACUAUUGUGUAUAUCGCGUAUCGGACAAGUUUUACACGAACAAUUUGUCGAUUCGAGAAGCGUGACACAACGCACGGGGUACACCGCGGAUGCGGAUCCCCCGGCGUCCACGGGACGUGUGUCUCGCGGCCGGGGUGAGCGAACGAAGCCGCGAUUGUCGCCGCAGCGGCCUUAUAAUACUAAGUUUCGAUUAAACGUCGAGUGUCCUGUCCGACGACGAGAGGCUGCGGCAUUAGUGGGAGCACACCCUCGGGAUUAGUCGGAGACUGAUUCGUUCUCCGCGCGAUGUUCAUCGGUGGGUGGCGUAGCAGCGCGGCACACUCGCGGAGACGUCGGGAGAAAUGGCGCUGCUUCGAGGAGAGGAGCUGUCUGUCGAAACUCGGUCGAGGCUGAUUCUUAAGAUAGUCAUUGCGGUAUGGUCAAUCGGGGGGCCGGCGUGUGAAUUCAAAAUAGCGGAUCUUCUAUUGUCCAUGGUAAGGCGGAAGUACCAAUGUCUGCAGGACGCUCUCAGAUCCUUAUCCUGAGCUGUCUUUUAGCGAUAAAAAUAUCUUUAAAUGUAACUCAUAGGUUUAGUCAGCCUUCAGCCUUCAGUCACACUCAGAGGCACUUUCUUAUUGAUAAAAGAAAAUUUAGGAUAAGGAUCUUAUUAUUUCGGUCUUUAAAUAUUUAUUUAUACGCAAGGCUAUUAAUAGUUGCUACUUGAACUCAUCUCAAGUGAGAUGAUGCUCAGAUUUGAAUUCAGAGUUAGACGAGUUUUUCAAUUGAAUCGUGAUCACUGAUAUAAAUUUCAUAUACACCAUGAUUCGACGGAGAAACCUGGAUCUAACUUUGAGUAAAAAUCUAAGGCUCGUGUUAAUGGCUAUUACUUAAAACUUGUCUCAAGUAAGAUUCUCAGAUUCGAAUUCAGAGUUAGAUGAGAGUUUUUCAGUUGAAUCUGAUUGCAGAUAUAGACAUCACACAUAUUAUAUGGUUUGUUCCUUUCAACUGCUGCACCAAUACCAUAAGUUAAAGUGAGACAAAUAUAACUUUCCUUCAAUCUGUGGCUCCUGGCAAUUAAAUGCUCCUACGCCAUUUACCAGUUAUCAUAUUUACGUAUUAUAUUGAUUGGCCGGUGUACUCGAUUCAAAAUUUCUGUAGCUGCUUGUGAAUAGAUUAUAUUAAAAAUCGAAAAAGAAAAUAUGAAAUAUUAUAUUUCUUGGAAAUAUGUCCCAAAAAAAAAAUCACAGGUCACGUCCGAACGUGUUCAAACACGUCUUCACGUUGCGGCGGUUAAGCCGGAACUCUGAGACAAAUAUAUUUGUCUCAUUUAACUUAUUGCAUCAGCGUAGUAGUGAAGUUGAAAAGAAUAGACCAAGACUGAAAAGCUAGGAUCUAACUCUGAAUAAAAAUUUAAAUAUCUUAUGUGAGGUAAGUUUCAGGGAACGACUGUAGACACGGGCCUAAGAAUAUCCACAAGAUAAGAUCCAAGCAUUGCUACUUUUACCUUGCGAACCGAGUACUUUUCAUUUAUUAUGUGUUGAAGAUACACGAAGAGAGAGCGAAGUCAAUAACGCGAGCUAUGUUUCGCGAUCGGAGACAUGGCAUCCUGAUUCCUUCCAAUUCAGUACCACUAUGAUUUUCGCUGAUAAAAGAACACGGUCGAAAAGUUUGAGAACAAGAAAAGCCGCGUGAAUCUUCUAUGACGCUAAUUCGAAAACAAAGAAACGAAUGGGACGACCGAGCUUUUAUUACAAAAAGGAAGAUAAAGCGAUAGAAAGAACAUAUUGAAGAUCGAUCCACGCACGAGUAUCCAUUGCAACGUGUGAUUCGAGCCGCUUGCAGUUCUAUCUAUGUAUUUACACAAAAUGGCAUUACGAGCGGAUUCGGACUUGACGCGGAUCUAAUGAAUCAUUGUUAGACGAAUAUCGUAGGAAUGGGAUAAGAGUAAUAUAAACUAAUAACAUAUACACGAAAUACACACCCAACAUACACACAUACAAACAUACAUACACAAAUGUGGAUAUCUGAAAAUAGCUCUGUACAUUAUUUUAUAACAAAAUAUAUAAAAAUGAUUAUCGA